AUGGAGGGAACUGAUGUUCUGUCAAGGACCUUUGAGUCUAAUGAGGUACUAACUCCCCUUCAAAUUCCUUCACGUCCAACUGUCUCACAAGACAGAUAUGAGAAGUUCAGGGACUCCUUUCAGUGGUGCAGACCAGAGAGGGCACAUGGAGCAAGCGCCCUGUUUGUACUGCCAGGGGGACACAAGGCGAAGGACGAGCCUCCCGGGGCAUUCGUUAAAGGCCAUCAACAUUAUGGUAGUGCUGUAGACCCCUGGCCAAGAGGCCUUCCCGUUGAACAAUACUAUUAUGUGACCCAGCAGAAAAAAAGCGAUGUGCGCAUGAACGAUGAGCUGCUUCAUAAGCCGCCAGAGAGUUUGGCUAAACCACUGUGCCUGCCGUUUCCCACCUCUCACCCCUACCAGACGCACAUCUCGAGGUACGCCAUGUUUCCAAACUUCCGAUCACCUGAGGAUCCAUACACUGGGGUUGAGGCAAGCCAGCAUCGGCCUCUUCAUCCCAACAUCCCUGCCAAAGCUUUUGAUGUGGUUGUUUUGGGGAAGACCAAAGGUAAUCCAUAUAGGCACGAAGUGGUCAGUAUUCCCUCUGACUCCCAGAAGGAGGCUGUGCACUGGCCGGGACAGCACACAUACUUUCAUGUUCCUAAGUUUGCUGAACAAAAGGAUCAAAGAUACUAUCCCAAGCCACCAAAGAUAGUGGCUCCUAAUCCCACUUUUGAAGACCUAGGACAUAACCUCUCUCCGAGAACAACCAAUAUGUUACGAAACAGUGAAAGGGCUCAGUGGAUCACAACGUAUAGUCGGGACUUCACAGGCAGAGGUCCUAUGAAUCCCUUUAACCUGGAUGACUAUGACAUGAAGGCACUUGACAGAUUAAUGCACGAACUAGAAAACGUGGAACUUAAAGAAACAUUUCUGCCUCAUCCUUCACAAGUGAGACCUCUCCAAGGACGCACCGCACGUUUACUUCAAGGUCGACGGCCCCAUGGAUCAGUCCUGCAGGAACCGCACGCCCGCCAUGUGCAGACGCCUCCGCCUUUACACAGUGCCCACGCCAUUUUACCCAGCUGCUCAGCCACAGCGCUGAGGAAAUUAAAAGCAACAGCCAGUCCGCAGUGGAAAGUGACAGAAAACACAGACCAGCAAUGGGAUGUGAAUCAAGAGCAGGCUGAUCUGCCUCGGGUAUGUUACCAGAAAGACAGCUAUCUGGAUGCAAGGCCACCUGCAAGCAAAUUUCAGAAAGUCAUUGACACACAGCAAACAGAAGAAUUAUACAGGAGGCAACUUGCAGGAAGGCCUGACCUUGAAUCAGGAUGUUCCCUUUCCUAUAAAGAUUUGAAGCUUCACCAUUUGGGACCACAUAGAGUAUGGAAUGACCCUAAUGACUGCCUACAUGUCCCCAGGCUACCACAGGAUGUGAAGAGUGAGGAAAGUGACACUUUCAUGCAUGAGCUUCAGCCUCAAGAAGCAAGCCACCCUCUAUGGAGAUCAGAGGACUGCACAAGCAAGACAGCACUGCCUGAGUGUAUCCCCAGCUACGAGGUUCCCCUGCAUCCGACCACACUGCUGGAGCUGCAGGAUUCUUUCUCCAAGUCAGCAGCACACAAACAUUUUCAUGAUUCUAUUAAAGGAGACACAAAAGAUCUCAGAGAUAACAUUGCUGAGGGGAGGAGACACAAAUUCUAUGGUUUCAAUUCUUUUUAUUUCUACAACUGA